AGAAACCCUAAUAUUGUCGUUCUCUCUCUCUUUCUCAAUCGAAGCCUCUCUCUCUUUCUCUCAGUCGAUACCUCUUUCUCUCUCUCUCUCUCUCUCUCUCUCUCUCUCUCACAUUCGAAGCCUGCCUCUCCCUUUCUUUCUCUCAAUCGGAGCUACUGCUCCUCUUCUCCGACAACCAACAACAGUUCGAAGCCUGCCUCUUCUUUCUCUCAAUCGAAGCCUGCCUUUCCCUCCUCAGUCCUCGAAGCCCCAAUCUCUCCUCUCAGUUCGACGUCUUGCUGCCCAGAACAAAGCCCCAAUCUCUCCUCUUCUCAGCGCAGCACCACACUUCUCUUCCCCUCUUUAUUUUUCUUUCCCGUGGAGCUCCUGCUCAGGUGGACCGAGGGAAUUUGGGGUUUUUCGCCAGGAUGGUGGUUUGGGUUAAUGGCCGAAGGUGGUGGUUCUAGAUUUAUGGUUGAUUUGUUUUAAGUUUUUCAGGUUUUUUUUGUUAUAUGUUCUGAUUUGUUUUUUAUUUAUAUUGGCUGUGAUAUAUUUCGUUUUGAUUCGAAACAAUGGCUCCGAAGAAGGACAAGGCUCCUCCCCCAUCCUCCAAGCCCGCCAAGUCCGGUGGUGGCAAGCAGAAGAAAAAGAAGUGGAGCAAGGGAAAGCAAAAGGAGAAGGUUAACAACAUGGUGCUGUUCGACCAGGCUACCUACGACAAGCUCCUUUCUGAGGCUCCAAAAUACAAGCUCAUCACCCCAUCUAUCCUUUCUGAUCGUUUGAGGAUUAAUGGAUCACUCGUAAGGAAGGCUAUAAAGGAUUUGAUGGCGAGAGGUUUGAUCAGGAUGGUGUCUGCUCAUGCAAGCCAGCAGAUUUACACAAGAGCAACAAACACCUAAGAUUUCUUAUUUGUUCCAACUUAUUUAGUUUAAAUCAUCAUGUGUUUGCCUAGUUUGAAUGUUACUAUACUUUUUGUUAUGUGGAGUUGUUUCACUUUAGAAUGAGUAGAGCUCUAUUUUAGAAAACCCGUUGUCUUCAUUGAUUUGAAAAUUAAUAUUGGACUAAUUUGAAAAA